AGAGAAGACCUUUAUAAACAGAAGAAGUGUGUGAAUAGAUCGAUCAUUGUAAAAGAUGAAUAUCGGUUUGUAAAGAGAGAGAUGGAGGAAAUAAAGCACAGGACAGUGGAAGUGAAUGGCAUAAAAAUGCAUAUAGCAGAGAAAGGAGAAGGCCCUGUGGUGUUGUUCCUCCACAUAGUGGCUGAUCUUGUUGCCCUUAUUGGUUGGUACCUCUGCAUCUUUCGCCCCGAAAAGGUUAAGGCAUACGUCUGCCUCAGUGUCCCUCUCCUUCACAGUCAAAACCGCAGUUGCAAUUUAUUUUCAUAUUUUGAUGGGCAGGAAUAUUCAUCAACUUCCCUGCUGCUUGUGUUGUGUGUACCUUGUAUAUAUUCUACCCGCUAAACUUUAGCAUAUAAUAUAAACUUUCAAUCUUGUCAUGCAA